AUGCAAAACAGCAUUCCAGACAUUUUCACUGUUGCUCUAGGACAUCUUGCUCAACAGCUUCUGAAAUCUUAUGAUAAAUCACACUUUCAAGAUGAACUAAAAAAGACAAUAAUGAUAGCAAAGGUUUCAUUUCAGCUAGCUUCAGAUGCUUCUAAAAACAAGCAUAUUCAUGGUCACAUUCUUGCGAGAGCUCUUGAAAAGCAAUUUGAUCACACUGGAGACCUUGCAGAUAUUGACCAGGCCAUUGCUGUACAGCAAGAUGCAAUGCAGCUCAUAUCAGAUAAUCAUACAAACAAGCCCAAUUAUCUUGGUGACUUUGGCACCUUCUUUGGAAAUCGCUUCAAACAUUCUGGUAAUCCUUCAGAUAUUAACCAGGCCAUUGCUGCACUACAAAAUGCAGUGCAGCUCACACCAGAUGGUGAUGCAAAUAAGCCUGUCCAUCUCCACAACCUUGGAACCUCCUUCUCAUUUCGCUUUGAUCAGCUUAAAGAUCUUUCAGAUGUUGACCAGGCAAUUGCUGCUUAUCAGAAUGCAGUGCAGCUCACACCAGAUAAUGAUACAGACAAGCCUAAAUAUCUUGACAACCUUGGAAGCUCCUUUGCAAAGCGCUUUAAAUAUUUGGGUGAUCCUGCAGAUCUUAACCAGGCCAUUGCUGCACAUAAAAAAGCAGUGCAGCUCGCAUCAGAUGAUCAUCCAAAUAAGGCUUACCAUCUCAACAACCUUGGAACCUCCUUCUUGAUUCACUUUGGACGUUUUGAAGAUCUUUCAAAUAUUGAUCAGGCCAUUGCUGCAUAUCAAAAUGCAGUGCAGCUCACACCAAAUGAUCAUGCAAGCAAGCCUGACCAUCUUACCAACCUUGGCAGUUCUUUUACAAAGCGCUUUGAGUAUCUGAAUGAUCCUGCAGAUCUUGACCAGGCCAUUGCUGCACAUCAAAAAGCAGUGCAGCUCGCAUCAGAUGAUCAUCCAAAUAAGGCUCACCAUCUCAGUGACCUUGGCAGCUCCUUUUUAAGCUGCUUUAAAUAUUUUCAUGAUAUUGCAUAUGUUGACCAGGCCAUUGCUGCAUAUCAAAAAGCAGUGCAACUUACACCAGACAAUCAUACAGACAAGCCUCAUUAUCUUAACAAUCUUGGAAACUCCUUUGGACAUCACUUUCAAUACCUGGGUGAUCUUGCAGAUGUUGAUCAGGCCCUUGCUGCACAUCAAAAAGCAGUGCAGCUUACGCCAAAUAAUCAUACAAGCAAGCCUAGUUAUCUUAACAACCUUGGAAGCUCCUUUCUAAAUCGCUUUCAGCACCUGGGUAAUCUUGCAGAUGUUGAUCAGGCCAUUGUUGCAUGUCAAAAUGCAAUGCAGCUCACACCAGAUGAUCAUGCAAACAAGCAUAUAUUUUUAAGCAAUCUAGGAAACUCCUUCUUCAAUCGUUUUAAGCAUUUCAGUGAUUUUUCUGAUUUACAAAAGGCCAUAAUUCACUUUUCAUUGGCUGCUCAGUCAUCUGCUGGCUCUUUUUCUAUGAGAUUCAAUGCUGGUAGAAGAUGGGUUCGUUGUGCUCACAUUUUGCAACAUUCAUCCCUUUUUCAAGCCUGUGAUAUUACAUUGAAUUUGCUUUCAAAACUGGCAUGGCUUGGAUUGCCCCUUUCAAAGCGCUAUAGUGCACUCACUCAGGCGACAGGUUUUGUCAGAGAUGCUGCUGCCAUAGCAGUUGAGCAUGAAGACUAUAACACUGCUGUUGAAUGGCUUGAGCAAGGAAAUUCAGUUGUCUGGGGACAGCAAUUGCAAUUGCGUACUUCCUUUGAUGACUUGAAGGCCAAGCAUUCAAUUCUUGCAAAUGAAUUUGAUCAGAUCUCAAAGCAAUUGGAACAAGCAAGCUAUAGAUAUGACACAGAACAGAAAUCAUCUGAAGAACAAGCUCAACAGCAUCAUGCACUUGCAAUUAAGUGGGAAAGUUUGCUGCUCAAAAUUCGAUCCAUGCCAGGGUUUAAUCAAUUUUUGAUGCCAAAGAAGCUGGCCCAGCUUUAUGAAUGUGCUCAUUCUGGGCCAGUGAUCAUUCUUAACUGCAGUCAAUUAAGUUGUGAUGCCUUGAUCAUCAUGACUGGCUCAGAAGAUGUGAUCCAUCUCCCUCUCAGUGAUCUCACAUAUAACGAUGCAUUUGAUCUUGGAAUAUCACUCAAUGAAAUGCUCAGAAAGGAUGGUCGUAGGGUUGCAAGAUUGGAGUCUCAUCUGCCUUACUCAUACAAAUUCUAUGAGAGUAUACUCUCUGAGCUAUGGUUCAAAGUUGUCAAGCCAGUGUUAGAUGCACUUGCUUAUCCAAAGCAGACUGCAACAUCCAAAAACCUGAGCCGCAUUUUUUGGUGUCCAACUGGCCCUUUGACAUUUCUUCCUAUUCAUGCUGCAGGCAUCUAUGGAACAACUGGACCCAAUGUCAAGGUGUCAGAAUUUGUGAUAUCAUCAUACACUCCCACCCUGAGUGCACUCAUCUUGCCAUCUGAAGACAUCAUUCAACAGAACAUUAAUCUACUGGCUGUGGCUCAGCCAAGCUCAGAUGGUCAAUUCUCUCAGCUUCCAGGCACACAAGAGGAAAUCUCCAAGAUAAAGGAAAGGCUCAGCAGGCUGAACUCCAACCAGGUCUUGCUCACAGAGUCUAAUGGAACAGUAGAGGAUGUACUGGACAAGCUACAAAAGUGCAGCUGGGUUCAUUUUGCAUGCCAUGGAAUUCAAGACCUACGAAACCCAGUCAACAGUGGACUGCUGCUUGCAAAUAAGCAACGCUUGAAGCUAUCUGACGUUGUCAGAGUGACACGUCCUCAUGGAGGAUUGGCCUUUUUGUCAGCCUGUCAGACAGCCACUGGUGACAAGAGACUGGCAGAUGAAGCUGUCCAUCUGGCUGCAGGGAUGCUGUUCAUUGGCUAUGGUGGGGUAAUUGCAACAAUGUGGUCAAUUCUGGAUGAUGUUGCCCCUAAAGUUGCAGAAGAUGUCUAUUCUCAGUUGUUCUCUGAUGAUAGCCUACCAGAUUAUAGACAGGCUGCCAGGGCAUUGCAUUAUGCAGUAGAGAAGUUGCAACAGGAUCCUAAGAUAUCAUCCAAGUUCUAUUCAUGGCUCCCUUUUGUACACUUUGGUUUGUGA